AUGUGGUCGACAACUUCCGGGUACGUUUCUUCAUCUCCUAGCUCUAGGCCCAGUUCCAUUACACUAAAGGAUCUCUGGAGCAAUUCUGGACCUGUGGAUGCUCAUGACAGAUCAGUGGAUACGCAGUGCAUAUGA